UGUUCAAGUUCGAGUUGAAUUGGUGAUUGCUGAGGCGGAGAUGAGCAACGACGACGCGAAUGCCCGGCGGGCAACCGCCGUCACCGAGUAUCGGAAGAAGCUCCUACACUAUAGGGAGCUCGAAUCCAGAGUCCGCACUGUGAGGGAGAGCUUGAGAAAUUCAAAGAAAGAGUUUGCUAAGACGGAAGAUGAUUUGAAAUCCCUCCAAAGUGUUGGACAGAUCAUAGGAGAGGUUCUUCGGCCUCUUGACAAUGAGCGUUUGAUUGUUAAAGCUAGCAGUGGCCCUAGAUAUGUUGUUGGUUGUCGAAGUAAGGUUGAUAAAGAAAAGCUGACAGCUGGAACUCGUGUGGUGCUUGAUAUGACCACCCUGACUAUCAUGCGGGCUCUUCCACGUGAGGUUGAUCCUGUUGUGUAUAACAUGCUUCAUGAAGACCCUGGCAAUGUUAGCUACUCUGCCGUAGGCGGAUUAUCUGAUCAGAUUCGAGAACUUAGGGAAUCUAUUGAGCUGCCACUAAUGAACCCUGAACUUUUCAUUAGAGUGGGGAUUAAGCCUCCCAAGGGUGUUCUUCUCUAUGGUCCUCCAGGCACUGGAAAGACAUUGCUAGCCAGAGCUAUUGCUAGUAAUAUAGAUGCCAACUUUCUUAAGGUUGUUUCAAGUGCUAUUAUUGACAAAUAUAUUGGUGAAAGUGCUCGGUUGAUAAGGGAGAUGUUUGGAUAUGCUCGUGAUCAUCAACCAUGCAUCAUAUUCAUGGAUGAAAUCGAUGCCAUUGGUGGGCGCCGUUUCAGUGAAGGAACCAGUGCUGAUCGUGAGAUCCAACGUACACUAAUGGAGCUGCUCAAUCAGCUGGACGGAUUUGAUCAGCUUGGCAAGGUUAAAAUGAUCAUGGCAACAAAUCGUCCUGAUGUUCUGGAUCCUGCACUUCUCCGGCCAGGCCGAUUAGACAGGAAAAUAGAGAUCCCACUGCCAAAUGAGCAAUCAAGAAUGGAGAUUCUGAAAAUUCAUGCUGCUGGAAUUGCCAAGCAUGGUGAGAUUGACUACGAAGCUGUUGUUAAGCUUGCUGAAGGUUUCAAUGGAGCUGAUCUUCGGAAUGUCUGCACCGAAGCUGGCAUGUCUGCAAUUCGAGCGGAGCGUGAUUUUGUCAUCCAAGAGGAUUUUAUGAAGGCCGUGAGGAAACUAAAUGAAGCAAAGAAGCUUGAGUCAACCGCUCAUUAUAAUGCUGAUUUCGGAAAGGACUAGAUAGAUUGAUAGAUGCUUAUUAACAAUCCUAUUGUGAGCCAAAGACCUAUAAAAGGGUUUAAAAUGUUUCUCAUACAGUGCACGCUACUUCUCUAAACUGUUUGUUUUCAGUUAUUUCGAGUUAUUGUUUAACAUCAUGUUUCUUUUCCAAAGUA